AUGAGAGGCGACUUUGCCCUUCCCGGCCACGACUGUGCCGAGAGUUAUGAGGUCCUUUGCUGCACGGGCGGCCGGGCUCGCGAUGUGCGGUAUUAUGUCAAUGAGGUCCUGCGCUUCCCGGCUAGCCAGCUUCAAUUUGGCCGGCUCCCGACUCCCAAACUGGUGGUCGCAAGUAGCCACGUUCUCCUGAGCCUCGAAGCCCGCCGUCUGGAGGUCGCUCGAGCUGGCCCGGCCCGUUGCUUUCAGGUAACGGGAACAGUCGUUGAGAUUCUCGAUGGCGGCCUUACUGGCCUCGACGCACUCGUCCGCCGCCGGGCCGCGGGCCGGCUUAGCGGCGGCUAUGACGCGCUCGGUCAAAUCUUUGCACUUGGUGACAACGGCCUGGCCGAAGGCUCGGAGGUCACGGGCAGCACGGGCGGCGGGGUCGGCUUCGAGUGUUUUGAUGCAGAAAUCCGGGUUUCUCGUGCUGGGGCAGAGGUCGGUUAUGAUGUCAGCAUGACAGGCGCACAACAAAGACAGUGA